GGAACUCCAUAUUUCAUGGUACAAGUCACGAGAUGGACAAGUCAAUAGAGAAGAGGAGAGUGUCUAUCACCGCCUCACCGUGCUGCGAAUACCUCUGGACGUAUAGGCAGCUCAAUGAGUCUCGAGACCUGAACAACAACUUGGUGCGCAUUGCACAGAACGUACAUCCACAAUCGUUUCAAAUGGUUUAUUGUCUCGACAAAGGAAAUGCGAGUAGAUGUCGGGCCAUGGAUCACACUAG